UUUACUUAAAGUCGAAUAAAGUAAAGAAACAGAGACAUUGUUUAUUCCUACAUUCACUUGUAAAUUUAAAGUAAAAGCUAAAGUUUGAUAGUUUAGGUUCUUGAUUUUGGUAUAUAUGACUUGCAGUCUUCUCAUAAAUAUAUAUUCAAUCCCAGCACCAAAUUAUCCUUCCAGUAAAUUUUGAAUCCUAAUUCUAAAUCUCUUCCCCCACACAAAAAUGAAGUCGGUGUUUGAGUACUUCAGCAAUUCUGGAUACACAUUCGAAGAGUGUAAUUUUCGACAAGAUUUUAUCAGAUGCCAUACGUGCAACGAAUCAAUUGAAGGCUCUGUGGGAUAUUGGUUUACUGAUACUAGGCUCAGUGAUCGUCAAAGCAUCUUCCUGCACAAGACCUGUUCAGAAUUGCCCAUAUCAGUUUAUUUACAUGAGCACUCAUUAUGUUUAAAAGAGGAUAAUAUUUUCAGUGAGGAUGCUGCUUGCCGUAUUUGCAACAAACCAAUUGCAGGCUCUCCUACAUUUACAUGUACUAAUCCUGAUGAAAAUGUCAAUUGUCAAAAUUUCUACUUGCACAAGAUCUGUGCCGAAUUGCCCUUGCAGAUAAACCACCAUAAGCACAACAUACACCCUCUUGCUCUGUUUCCUCAGCCUGAUGGUCACAUCUGUAGUGUUUGUACUCGUUCUGUGAAGAUCUGUUAUGCAUGUUACGACUGUGAGUUUAAUGUGUGUGUGUUUUGUGCUUUUGAGCAAAGAGUGCUUCAUCAUGAAGGACACAAGGAGCACACACUCACAUUAAUGAAGAAGGAAUCUUUGUUCCAGUGUGAUGCUUGUAAUGAGGAGGCUAAAGACUAUUUCUAUGCUUGCACCACCUGUGAUUUUGUGGUCCACAAGAGGUGUGCCUUUUCCCCUUAUAUUAUCCCAAAUCCUAGUUACCACCAUCACCCUCUUAAUCUCAUCUACUCCAUUCCUGACAUUCAUCGUUAUUUCAAGCAAUUUUGCAGUAUCUGCGGUGAAUUUGUAUGCAAAAGCUACUGGGUGUACUAUUGCCAUAAAUGCACAUAUUUUGUGCACAUGAAAUGUUCCACAUCCACAGUAUCCAUGCGAAAUAAGGAUGAAGCAGAUGACAUUGACAAUGAAUCUGAUCUGCUACAAUUUCCUCUGCCUAGCCAAGAAUCAAUGUUUGAUCUCAUUGUAACUCAGUGUGCCAAGUCCCAAAUUGACUUAAAAGAUGAAGGGGAAAACUGUGUUACUAUGUCAACAGCACCUAAUGAUCCACACAUAAUUGAAAAACACUGGAGUCACGAGAUCCAUCCAUUACAACAGCUCUUGUGUACUGUUAGUGAGAACGAUGAGGACGAUAAUGAUGGCAGAAGGACGCUGAUAUGUAAUGGAUGCAUUCAACCUAUAACGGUUUCUCAUCCGUCAUACUAUGCUUGUAUCCAAUGCGGUUUCUUUCUCCAUUCCUUCUGCGCGACUAAGUUGCCACAGAAGCUACCUGUAGGAGCAUCCCAUUUUCACCCUAAUCAUUCUCUCUUGCUUCAGAAGCCCGGUAAAUUCUAUUAUGAUGUUCUCUGUGAGUCUUGCUACCUUGUGACAAAUGGAUUCUACUACCAUUGCCAGACAUGUGAUAUCAAUAUUGAUAUCCGUUGUGCAUUCUUACCAACCAGGAUAAAACACAAAUCUCACAAGCACCACUCCCUUGUUCAGCGUUUCUCUUCUAAUUCCAGGUGUUGUGUAAGUGGGUCGACAAUUGAAAAUGAUAUGGUAUAUGCAUGUGAAACUUGCAGUAAUUUCCAAAUGAAGAAAUAUUGUAUAUUUUUUCCAAGUAGCGCGAAACACAAAUAUGAAACUCACCCCCUAACCUUGAGAUAUCCACCAUUCUUCUACGAGGGGGUAUUCUACUGUGAAAUCUGUGAGGAACGAGUCAACAACCAAGAAUUGCUCUAUCAUUGCAGUGAAUCUGAACAUUCAUUUCACCGUUAUUGCUUGGGCGUUAUCAGCAAUAUGAAGUUAGGAGGGAGCAUUAAAGUUUUUAUCAUGGAUAAACCACACACACUUGCAUUAGUUAUCAAGAACCUAACAAGAAACAAGUCCACAGACACUUGUUCCCAAUGCUUAACACAUUUCUCCCUCCCAGAAUGCUUUUUGGAAUGUGAUGGCUGCGGAAUUCUUGCAUGUGCCGGCUGUGCCAGUAAACUCUUGGGCGAAAAACAGGCCAACAACAGAGCGCCCUUCUAUCGAAGUACUCACAGUAUUUAUAUAUGAACUAUGAAGCAUGUUCAUUGUUCUGCAUUUUAUAUCAAGUUUAUAUUUUUUUUUGUUUUUA